AUGUCAGAGCCUCCUGCUCAACUCCCUCAACUACGGUUCAACCCACCUGAUGGGAACAUCGCCACCCCUGUGACAGAAUGGUGGUCCUUGAUGGCAGAUCACUGGGAUGGGGGUCAAGAGAAUCUUUAUCUGAAAUGCUCGUUGCGUCGCAUCGAAUUUUGCAAGUGUUCGAAUGCAGCGCGACAUGAGUUCCUCAUUUUGUUUUUCGGACAUUGGAUAGAUGGUUCCACUGCUGAAGCUGUGAUCUGCGUAGACCGCACCUUCAAGUUACGCAUGCAAGACGACAAUUCCUCCAAACAGUUCCCUGGACUCGUCUCACAUUCAUCAUCCGAACCUAGCCCCGCCCUCGACUCUGUAUCCAUGGUUGGCUCCCCUCAUGACGCAAAGCCACGCCUCAUCCAGAGCCACGGACCUUACACAACACUAUGCACACUCCGAUUUUCUCCAUCUUCCGCACCUUCUGCGCUUGAAGUUUCUACUGUCCUGUUUCUUGUACAUCAACAGGCCCCAGUGUAUGAUCUCAUUGACAGUCAAUGCUUCUGGUUCUCGGACACUGUAUGGAGGAGUCUGAAAGCACUUUUCCCCAUAAAUCAAGAAUUCUGCAAUCUUAACAACCACAAUUCACGUGCUCGUUAUGGCGGGUUUACAGUAGGACCCUCGGACCUAAGUGUCCAGGCUGUGUGCAAUGCUUACGAGUCAGAGUGGCAAAGGGUAUUGAUAAAGGUCGAGCAGGUUAAACGGCGUCACGAAGCUGAACUAGCACAGGUUUUACAGCAGGGAGUGGAGCAGGGUCGUGCUGAGCGACAAAACGAAAUUGACCGACUUCGUGCUGAGCAACAAAAUGAGAUCGACCAACUUCGUGCGGGGCAACGACAUGACGCCGACCAGAUUUGGCAGAUGCAGGUUGAACUUGCACAACUUCGUGCGAUCAUGGGGGUUGCAGCUUCAGAGGGUACAAGAGACUGA